AUGCUGCUCCUCCACCAGGUCGGCAACGUCAAGAUCGGCGAGGUCGUCCGCUACACCGUCACCUACACGCCCUCCAAGGACCGCAUCCUACCCUCGCCCGAGAAGCUCUUUGUUCGCAUUCGCAACACGUCGGCCAUCGCCUUGCGCGCCGCCUUCGUCCACGGCCCGUACACCCUAUCCGUCUCCGCCUAUCCUUCGGCCUUCAACCCAAACGAAAAGUUCGGCAACCCUCGCCGCUACGGGGUACCCCAUUUCGAGCCCAUGCUCAAGGCCGGCGGCUCUUGGGAGUGCGAGCUCGUCGUCCCCGACGACAUCCGUCAGACGGCCGGUACCGGUCGCCGCAGGGCCGUGGGCACCGAUGACGAGCACGACGACGAGUCUGCGCGUUGGAUCCUCGAGGUGUCCUCGCAAGUCAUCUUCUCCACCUCGGCCGCCGUGGGGUACGAGCUCGUCGUCGCGCGCGACCGCAAGUCCCUCAACCUGAGCCCGGCCCUGCCCGUCGUCGGCAGCCCGAGCCGCGUUGCCCUGCCGGGCCGGGUGAGCGAUCACCGGCAGAGCGUGGGCGCCAAGGACGGCCACCACGCGGCGCAGCCCAAGGGCGUCUUCUCGCGCGCCGUGCGGCUCACCGUCGAGGACACGGCGACGCUCUGGAACACGCCCAGGCUGCCCGGCUGGGACGAGGCGGGAGCGGAGAGGGCAAGAGACGAGCCCGGCACAGACGCCGACACCGACAAGCCCGCCGAGACGAUGGCGAGCUCGGGAGAUUCCGAGACGGAAGAGAGCGUCUCGCCGACGCAGAGGAAGAAGAGGAGGAAGCCGAAGCAGAAGAGAGUGCACCUCGUCAUCUUGACGCACGGAUUGCAUAGCAACCUGGGCGCCGACAUGCUUUUUUUAAAGGAAAGCAUCGACGCUGCCGCCAAGCAGGCGAGAGUGGACGCCGCGGCGAGGCGCGCGCGAGAGCGGGAGGCUGCCUCCCCUGGACGGUCACCAUCACGCGCGCAUUCCGGAAACGAGUCAGCCGCCGAGAGCGGUGCGGCGCAUCACCCGGCCGAAACCGGUGGAAGGGCGGACAAAGCGGGAACAAAGGUGCGGGACGACGAGGAGGACCAUGUGGACGAGGAGGACGACGAUGACCACGAAGAGGUCAUCGUGAGAGGAUACUCCGGAAACGCUACCAAGACAGAAAAGGGCAUCAAGUACCUCGGAAAGAGACUGGCCAGGUAUGUCCUCUCCAUGACGUUCCCCGACCAGCCUUUCCUCCCCGUCGGCAAAGGCGCGGGCGAGGGCUUCGCCGAAGGUCGGAAGGGGUGCCGGCAUCACAACCCGGACCACGAGAUGAGACAGGCGCACAAGCACAGCACCAUCCAGGAAGACAUGGACGAGGCGAGGAGAAAACGCCACGGGCGGCCGUUCAGGAUCACGAGCAUCAGCUUCGUCGGCCACUCCCUCGGCGGCUUGGUCCAGGCCUACGCCGUCGCCUACGUUCAGAAGCACUCGCCUCAGUUUUUCGACCUCAUCAAGCCCAUCAACUUCAUCGCCCUGGCCACGCCCUUCUUGGGCCUGAGCAACGAGAAUCCGCUCUACGUCAAGUUCGCGCUCGACUUUGGUCUCGUCGGGAGGACCGGCCAGGACCUCGGCCUGACGUGGAGGGCACCGACGCUCGCGCGCAGCGGCUGGGGCGCCCUCGUCGGCAACCUCGGCGACUCGGCCCACAAGAAGGUUUACGGCGAGACGCAGCCGGAGUCGAAGCCGCUCCUGCGCAUACUUCCCACGGGGCCGGCGCACACGGCGCUGAAAAAGUUCAGGAACCGAACCGUCUACUCCAACGUCGUCAACGACGGCAUCGUCCCCCUCCGCACGAGCUGCUUGCUCUUCCUCGACUGGCAAGGCCUCGGCCGCGUCGACAAGGCCCGCAGGGAGGCCGGACUCGUCGAGACCAUGGUCGGCUUCGGAUGGGCCGAGUUGACGGGGACGAGGAUGGUCGACAGGACCAGGAGGCUGUCCCAGUCGGCCGAUUCGGGAACGGCGACGCCGACGGCUCGAGAGUCGAUGCGCCAGGUUCCUCAGCCCGCGGCCGACGCCAUGGAGGACGACGAAAACGCCAGCCUCCGAUCCCUAUCGAUGACGUACAACGAUGACGACGCAUCCCCGUUCGACACGACGGCCGACACGACGGCCGACGUGACGGCCGACGUGACCGCCAACACGCCGCCCAACACGGGACCGCUCUCCGGAUUCUUCAACCUGUUCAAGAGCAGCGAACCGGCCAAGGAGCCGCCGAUAUCGCAGAAGCAGCAGAUGAUCCUGCGGCGGGGCCAGACCAUGUCGACGGAUCAGCUGUCGGUCAGCCCCCGCAGCGACAGUCCCGGCAGGAGGCUGGCCAAGGCGACGGCGGGCCACGAGUCGGACCUGGACCUCGAGGCCAUGGUGGCGCCUCCCAAGACGACCUUCUUCGAGGCCGCCGGCGAUCUCCUGAACCCGAGCAUGCCGAGCAUGGACUACCUCGUCGACCCGACGAAGCGCCCGCGGGCCAUAUUCCACGAUCGCGUCUAUCAUCCGGCCGACAUGCCUUCUCCGCCGUUGAAGAAGCGAUCCUCGACCUUUCGGCAGACGUUGAACCGGACCUGGUCCGGAUCGCAGCAGUCGACGAAGAGCAACACGCCGGCCCCCUCAUCCCCGUGCCUGACGGUCGCGCACAAGGAUUCGAUGCAGUCGACCAAGGAAUGCGACGACGCGGCCAACGCGAACCCCGACAAGCAAGCCGACGAGGUCGUCGACGGCGCCAGCAUGCGAGUCGAGGAGAAGAUUGCGCGAGGCUACCACCGGGAUCUGUCCUGGCGCAAGGUGCUUGUCAAGCUGGAGCCCGACGCGCACAACAACAUCAUCGUGCGACGCAUGUUCGUCAACGCCUUUGGCUGGCCCGUCGUCAAGCAUCUGGUGGAUGCCCAUUUCAGCGACUCGGCCGAGGCCCGCAUGCCAGACGAGGAAGAGGACGGCGGCGAGCGGGCGCUGGACAUUGGCCAGGCGCCGAAUGAGCACGGUGCCGAGACCAAGGCGGCUACACCCGCGAGCAACCUUCGCGCCGGCCUGGACGGGAGAGGCGAGGGUGAAUCGCGCGAAGCCCUCGACGAGGUCCGAGACCUGCCCAAGUCGCAGGGGAGCGAUCUCUCCCCAACGCUGCAAGGCACGCCGCGCUUGACUUCGACCGACAGAGUCGACUCGAUGACUUGGAGUGAUCGAGACUGGAUGGACAGCGAGAACGAGAGUGACAUGGACGUCAGAGGCGAGGCCAAGAGCAGGCAGCAGCGGACGAAGAUGGGCGUCAAGGGCAACCCGCCGAGCCCGCUGUCGUGGAGCUGGAAGGAGAAGAUUGUGGGAAAGGGCUUCAGAGACCAAAACAAGAGCCCGAAACGAGCGACCUGA